CUGUACGCGUAAUACUGUAGGAUGUAAGUACAGUUACAACGGAGAGUUACAGUAACUCCUCGCCUCUUUCAGGAGAUACGUUGUGGUGGACAGAGAGUUACACUAGGGGGAGGUUAGACGGGGACUAGGGAAGCCUAAACUCAAAUGCCCAUUCAGUGACCAACCUCGCAGGGAGACUUGGAAUCGCCACUGUCUCCCAACCGAUCUCUCCGUGUUGUCGGGAAAAUAAAAUGGGAGAGGGAGGAACUGCAUCCAUGACCAUAUGCUCCUGGAGGAAAAGUGGAAGUACAUAGAAAAAUAAAUAUUAAAAUACCAUUUAUGCAUCAAAUACAGGUCCUCCAAAUAAAAACAACAUUCUUCGGGUCGGGAGGAGAAAACUUCGGCCGACUUGGACGUCACCCACCCAACUUGUGCUAAAUGAAAGGCGAUACCGCCGCGCAGGGCAGAAAGACGAUGGAGCAGCCUCUGCUUGCUGAUAUACGGCCUGCUUCUUUCCUACGUGGCUUUCAGGACCCCCAGAGAAGGGGGGGCUAAAAGGAGGGAAACCUGCCCUCGGGAAGCUGUUGGAAAAUCUGGAUUGCGAAAAAGCUCCCCCUGGAUAGUCCCAGGAUUUGCUUCUGCAAUAAUGAUCCUACGCUCCGGGUUUUGCCCGAGGACACGGACACCAUAACAAGGGAGUCCAGGCCAGAAAGGAAGAAGACACGCGGCUGCUGAAGAGAAGCGGGGAAGUUGACAAAGCCGAGGCUAACGUCGUUCGGGUAGCGGGGUGAACAAGAUAGAUUACUACAAUGAAACUCAAUGAACGUAGUGUGGCACAUUAUGCCACAUGUGACUCUCCAGCGGAUCAUACUGGCUUUCUGUGCAAGCGCAUGGAGCGCCACCACCACCACCACCACAUCACCUCUUAUCAGCGCCGCUGGUUCAUUCUCAAGGGCAACUUGCUGUUCUAUUUUGAAGAGCGGGAGAGCCGUGACCCCCUGGGUCUCAUUGUAUUAGAGGGCUGCACUGUGGAGCUGUGUGAAGCUGCUGAGGAAUUUGCUUUUGCCAUCCGCUUUGAUGGCAGUGGUGGCAAGUCUUAUGUGUUGGUUGCUGACUGCCAAGCUACCAUGGAGGCUUGGGUGAAGGCACUUUCACGGGCCAGCUUUGAUUAUAUGAGGCUAGUGGUUAAGGAACUAGAGAAACAGCUGGAGGAGGCCCAGAGGAGCUUAGCUGCUAGCCAUAAAUCACCAAAGAAGUUGUCUUCUGGCCGCAAAAGGCAUUUAUCAAGUCCCACAAUGAUAUCCAUCCAAGAGCAUCCUGUCAUGUUGGAGAAUGGUUACUCCACAUGGGACAAUAGUUGUACUCUUGCAGAAAUGGCAUAUUCUGACCUCAAUGGAGGAUUUCUGAAGCCCCCACCUUUACUUCCUCGUCGAAAACUGACAGGCAGUGCUGUAGGUGGAGCAUUUUCGGCUGGGUUUGCUCCUGCCAUGCAGGAAAGUCCUGUAUCUCCAGAGACUGCCUGCUUCUCAAAGUUGCAUAAUUGGUACGGUCAGGAAAUUGCAGAGGUGAGAAGAGAGUGGAUAGAAAGGAAGAAGACAGUAGAGAUAGGAACACAUUGAAGAAAAUAUAUUAUGUAGAACUGGGAGAAAUGGAUAUUAGGUAAGUUUCUGCAGAACUCGGGUCACUUGCAGGGUUUUCUCCGAACCUAUAAAAUCUAAGAAACAUCCAUUAUUGUAUCUCUCAAAAUGGAUGAUUAAAUAAAAGUCUGUUUUCUAUUAUUUAUUGCCACUACACAUUAUUGCCAGGGAUUCUAGGGAAAAAACCAUAUUCCUAAUUAUGCACCAUUCAGAAUUCAAGAAGAUAUUUCUAAGAAACUGCUAUAUAGCUCAAAAGAGUGUUGCAGGCCUUUAUUUCAGAAAAGCUACUUCUUGAUGCAAGAGAAAGAUCCAUGUGUCAUUUCCUUUUUUUAUGCUCCAUAUAAUACUAUUAAUGAUCUAUAUAUUGCAACUAUUUUGAUAGAUGCUGGAGCAGUAUAGUAGUGAGUUGCCUUGACUAUUCAUUAGAAAAACAAAACAUACAAUUUAUAUAUCAGAUUUUAAUAUCAGGCACUUCAUAUACAGGUAGUCCCCAGCUUAUGAUCACAAUUGGGACUUGAACUUCCAUUGCUAAGUGAGGCGGUUAUUAAGUGAGUCACACCUGAUUUUACGACCUUUUUUGCCAUGUUUGUUAAGCGAAUCCGACUUACCUCAUUGACUUUGCUUGUUGGAAGCUGGCUGGGAAGGUAGCAAAUGGCAAUCCCGUGGCCCUGAAAUGCUGCAACUGUUGUAAGUGCAAGCCGGUUGCCAAGGGAUAUUGCGAUGGUCAUAAGUGCAAGGAACAGUUGUAAGUCACUUUUGUCAGCGCCAUUGUAACUUCAAAUGGUGGCUAAACAAAUGGUCAUAAGUUGAGGACCUACCUGUACUUUAUAUUUUCAUGAAGUAAGGCCUCAUGCAGAUUAGAACAAAGCUGUGAAUACUUGCUUCCCUAAGACCAUCUCAAGAAUUUAGUCAAAAUACGAUUUUCAUUCAUGAACUUCCCAGCUCAUAUUCUCAAAUGCAACACUGGACAGCCCUAAUAAAAUAUAGGGACAGUAUAUGAUGCAUAUCUAUACCUUAGGUAUGCCUUUAGCUGACCUUACCUGUGCUUUUUCUAUCUUUUAGAGCUUAAUCUUCAUAUACUAACACAAAAGGUAGAAUAAGCACAAGUAAGAUCAGUACUAGUAAUGGCCAUCAAUUAUAUAUUUAGUUUAUUGGGCAGUUGCAAUAUUCUAAUUAAGAUUAUUAUUUCACAAAGAAAGAAUUAAGAUAAAAGAAAGUUGCCAUGAUACAUACUAGUAAAAUUAAGUUAGUGGGACUGUAUGAAUUACACUGUAAUUUAUGUACAUCUGAUUCCAGAAAUGAUUUUUCUUCCAGUAGUUUUGAUCCCAACUGGUAAUAUUGUUAUGAGUAGUAAAAAAAAAACCUGCUAAAUUCUGUAAUAAAGCUCAUAAUCCUUAUAACAUUCUGGUAAUGUUAUAUUACAUAUAUAUUGCAUGUUAUUUUAAAUAAAAUAUGUUAUGGAUUGCAUUUUACCCAAAAUAGGAAAGUACAAUAUUAUUUCAUAACUAUUUGUAGCUCAAACUUAAUAAUGAUUAUUUUUUUAAAAAACUGUACACUUACUUUAUAGCUUCCAGAAGGGAAGCUGUGUUAAUUUCUUGCAGCAAAGCCAAAGAAGAGUGUGUUACCUUAGAAACAAAUGUAUUAAUUGCACAGAUUUUCAUGAAUCAUGUUUUACUUUAUUUACAAAAAAAUAUGAAUUAAUAAAUUGUUGGUUUUUAA